GGUAUAGAGCAAAGUCGAACGUUGUAUUGGACAGUCGCGCAUUUGGCGCGGAGUCCGUCGUGCUCUUGGCACAGUUUCUUGCCAUCCUCUCUUCGGAUCGGACUGUGCUAACCGACGAUCUGCGCGCAAUUUUAAAUCCGGAUAGCCACCAAGCACGUUGAUCAACGGCGCAGAAUUUACCGCCCCGAUAUAAACGCUCGCUUCCUACAAAAAAAUCCCCCAUGGAUAGUCGGUAGCGCCUCGAAAGGUGUCUUCAAAGAUCCGAAGUGUUUCUGCAAUUUUUUGAGAGUAAAAAUUCAAACAGAUUUGGUACAAAAAAAAAGUCACGCACAAACGCAAGAUGCAGUUGACGACGUGUUGCCGAUGCUGCUCGCUGAAGACGGGAACACUAGUGAGCGGAGUGGCCGGAAUAGUACUGGCGGUGAUUUCAUUGAUUGUUAUGUACACGACGAACGUUGAAUGGAGAACGAUCGUCGUCGAUUUACUUCCACAAUGGGCGGUGAAGCUGAUAUUGGCGAUAAAUUUGUGCAUGACGAUACUGAUCUCAACUUUACUGAUCAUCGGAGCGCUCAAGAGAAAUACUUUCUUGAUGCUCCCUUGGGUGAUAUUGGGCAUAAUGUUGGCCGUUGCGCUUCUGGUAAGCGUUAUUUACACGGCGGUCAUGCUCUUCAUAAAUUACGAUACGAUCGGAGGAAUACUUUGGAUAAUAUUCGGUCUGAUAUCAGUCGUGGUAUACGUCUACAUGUGGCUAGUCGUUUACAGUUUCUUCCAAGAGAUACGUUACGAAAAAUCGAACGUAAGACUGGGUCCUUACGGAAGACCUUACAACUACCGCAGGCCGUAGACGUAACGAAUGAACGAAGAAAAUAUUCAAAAAUAACGAAAGAAAAAUAAAAAAAAAAAGAAAUAUUUCUUCGACUAAAACUAAUUUCACCAAAGCAUCACAAUUAUACACAUGACACAAAUCAUUAUACGAUCGUUAUCAUCGCGCGGAUUCAUAUUAUUAUCUAGCGUAUAUAUUUUCUAACAUUGUUAUAUUAUUUAAUUGAAUAAAUUAUUAUCGUUUUUAUUAAA